AUGCAACCGGCUCCGCGCCACCCGGCACUCCCGCAGCCGAGCGGCCCCGACGCCGGGGAGACACCAGUGCAGACACCGAAGCACCCCGAGGUCCUGCAGCCGAAAGACCUCGACACAGAGCCUCCGGUGCCUAUCCCGAAGCGCCCGGAAGUCCAGCAAGUGAAGGAGACCGACAAGCCGAUGAGGACGGAGACGACAGCGCCGCCGAACCAAGCAGAACGCCACCACCUGCAAGCACCCUCACCAAACCACCCCGGGCAGAAACCCGUUCCGAAUACGACUCCCCCAAACCAUCCCCAGAAACCACCAUCCGGAACACCAAACGCGUCCCCCAACUCAUGGGAAACAGCAUCAUCCGACAAGACCCCACUCCGCCUCACUCCACUCAUUGCAGAUCACUAUCCAAAAGAAACAAAGAAAAAACAAAACUCCACCAAAGUUUAA